GUUGUUUCACUUCCGGGGCGGGACGCGGCGAGCUGGGUUUUUGCUGGGCUUCGGUUCUCUUGAAUUGUCUCGGCCGUCGCUACUGCAAUGAGCUUCCUCAAAAGUUUCCCGCCCCCGGGGUCGGCUGAGGGACUUAGGCAGCAGCAGCCAGAUACAGAGGCUGUGCUGAACGGGAAGGGCCUUGGCACCGGCACUCUUUACAUCGCUGAGAGCCGCCUGUCUUGGUUAGAUGGCUCUGGAUUGGGAUUCUCACUGGAAUACCCCACCAUUAGUUUGCAUGCAGUGUCAAGGGACCUAAAUGCCUAUCCACGAGAGCAUUUGUAUGUUAUGGUGAAUGCCAAAUUUGGAGAAGAGUCAAAAGAAUCUGUUGCUGAUGAAGAAGAGGAAGACAGUGAUGACGAUAUUGAACCUAUUGCUGAAUUUAGAUUUGUGCCUAGUGAUAAAUCAGCAUUGGAGGCAAUGUUCACUGCAAUGUGUGAAUGCCAGGCUUUGCAUCCAGAUCCUGAGGAUGAGGAUUCAGAUGAUUACGAUGGAGAAGAAUAUGAUGUGGAAGCACAUGAACAAGGGCAGGGGGACAUCCCUACAUUUUACACCUAUGAAGAAGGAUUAUCCCAUUUGACAGCCGAAGGCCAGGCCACAUUGGAGAGAUUAGAAGGAAUGCUUUCUCAGUCUGUGAGCAGCCAGUAUAACAUGGCUGGAGUGCGGACAGAAGAUUCAAUAAGAGAUUAUGAAGAUGGGAUGGAGGUAGAUACUACACCCACGGUUGCUGGACAGUUUGAGGAUGCAGAUGUUGAUCACUGAAAAUGACUUUAUGCUGCUUUGAGAUUCUGCUCAUAACUGUAGGAGAGAACUUGGUGCCUUUUUCACUGUGGAGUGGGUGUUGAUGAAAGUAUUUUUCCUUCUUCAAAACUUACCUGAUGAACCAGUUCUUUCUUGAGACAGACUGUAUACUGAGAGAAGUUGUCACCAGCAGAAGAAACUAUGACCUUUAUUCACAAAGGUGGAUUAACUUAACCAAGAGGGUAUUUGUAGUUUAUCAUUUACCCCCAAAUUCCUGUGUCUAGGUACCCUCUGAGUAGGCCUGUAUCCACCUUCAGUGUACGCAUCUUCCGUAACCUAGCAGGGCCAUGCGGUGAAAACGCACAGGCACUUGAAGGUGUUGGUAGACUGGAUGGGAGCAGCUGAAUCUAAGAUAUGCCCCGUUAGGGCCUAACAAUAACCUUACCCCUGAACAAGAAACACAAAGAUCUUGGAGGAGUCCUGGCCUCUGCUGAUUUCUCCACAGGGGUAAGGCUGUUUUUACUGAUUUGGGACCCAGAUUAAUUCAUUCAGGCAUCUUAAGGGAGCCUCAUUGGAAACAUCCCCGCCACACAUGCUAACACAAGUGCUGCUUCUGACUAGCUUUUGUUCCUCUCACCGUGUUUUACCAGUCUGUCCUGUUAUAACCUCUUCGGUUAUGUCCUUUAAUUUCUAGACUCUUAGGUCAGUUUCUGUAACAGAACGCAUGAAAUUGGGAUAAAGUCCUCAAAGCAUUGUACUUCAGAUGACAAUUGUUUUGUCUUUGUAAUAGCUUAACAAAUAAAUCUAGGUUUUCUAUAUUAUUGUACUCUUCACUGAAACCAUUAAUGAGAAUUUUUUUUAAUUAAUGUUGGCAGAAACUGAGAAUCUUAUUGGUCUUGUUUUUGUUCAACUUAUUGAGAACAUGAGCGUGAAAUGAGUAAGAAAAUGUAUCAUUAGAGUUGCUGGCAAAUAUUUAGUAGGGCAAGGAUUUAACACAU